UCGUAAAUUAUCGCUAAAAUCCGGUCCAUAUUAAACUUUCCUCCCGGCGUUUUCCGCAUAUUGACGGAACAUUCCGAAUGACUAGCACUGUUGUCAACUUCGCCGAAGAAAGCGACUACUGAAGUAGGGUUUACUUUCGUGAAUUCUUUCCUGAGAGUUUAUCAUGGCAAGAUUGAAACAACAGAGAUGAUGGAUUGGUUUUGGUCUUACAGAUCUUUAAUGAUGUAGUGGUAAAGUGGAUAUAGACUUACAGAAAGGAUCUGGACAGAGGACCUUGAAAAAACACUGUUUCAGAUUUUAAAGCCUAAACCCAACCAGACCAACAAGGAUUACAACUCAACCUUGAAAGGGAAAAUUGAAAAAAAGAUUUUAAAAAUGCGCCGAAAGCAUUUGGUAUUUAUCGUGAUCGUUCUAUUCCUGUCAUGGAAUAUGCUGAUGUACAUGACUGUUGUGAACAAAGGGCCAAGUACUCUGCCCAAGGAAGCCAAUCGUGCUCAAGAUAAGUUAGCGUUGCUACAACAUGAGAUAGAAGAGCAGCUAGACAGCAACAAGCACUUACUGGAUGAACUGCGUAAGUUGCGACGGGACACCGAAGAGCAAAAUCAAAAGGCCAAAGAAUCCAACACAGUUGUAACUCAAGCUCCUCCAAAAGACGUAAAACCAAACCAAACAGGCACAUCUGAAAAUAAAUUGAGUUAUAGGGACCCAGAUAGUGCUGUGUUGCCUAUUUUAAUGAUUGCGUGUGACCGGGAAGAUGCAGUUAGCAGAAGUCUGGACUUGGUUUUGAAAUAUAGACCAGACGAGAAGCGUUUUCCCGUGAUCGUGAGCCAGGACUGUGGUCAUCGACCGACUGCUCAAAGGAUCCAGAAAUAUGUCGUGGAACAUGGCAUCACACAUAUCCAGCAACCAGACUUGAGCAGUCCGAAUGUUCCAUGGCCACAGAAGAAGUUUGAGGGAUACUACAAGAUAUCCCGACACUACAAGUGGGCAUUGAAUCAAAUUUUCCAUGUGUUCAACCACUCAGCUGUGAUCAUUGUUGAAGAUGACUUAGACAUAUCACCGGAUUUCUACGAGUACUUUGCGGCGACAUACCGCAUUCUUACUGUGGACAAGAGUCUUUGGUGUGUGUCUGCGUGGAACGACAACGGGAAACGUGACAUGGUCAAGGAUGACCCAGAGCUUCUCCACAGGACUGACUUUUUCCCAGGUCUCGGAUGGAUGCUGGACAGAAGCCUGUGGUUGGAAUUAGGUCCAAAAUGGCCGGAAACUUUCUGGGAUGACUGGAUGAGGCACCCCGACCAGCGCAAGAACCGGUCCUGUAUACGUCCAGAACUGAGUAGGACCAGUACUUUUGGAAAGAUAGGUGUUAGCAAAGGCCUGUUUUUUGACAAGCAUCUGAAGUUCAUCCAGCUGAACGACAAACUUGUGCCUUUCACAAAACGAGACUUGAGUUACUUGGUCAAGGAAAAUUAUGACCCUAAAUUCCGGGAGUAUAUUUACGGGCUUCCAGAAGUCUCUGUCAGCGACGUGAACACUGGAAGCCGGAAACAAUUACCAGAUGUCAGAAUACAGUAUUCCACAAAGCAGCAGUUUAAAGAUAUAGCAAAGCAGCUGGGCAUUAUGGAUGACUUUAAGGCUGGGGUAGAAAGGACUGCCUAUAUGGGUGUGGUCAGUUUCACCUACAAAGGUCAAAGGGUAAACGUGGCUCCGCCGUCUGAUUGGAAAGGUUACGAUCCCAGCUGGGGUUAACAAAGGGAGACAACUGUAGAUAAUACUUUAAAUUAAAUAAAAGGGAGCAACUGUGUGAUGGAUUACUAAGGAAAACAGCAAUUGACUGUAGAUAGUUUUAACAAGGGGAUGCCACUGUGGAGGGAACUAUGCGGGAAGGCUAUUAACGGAGGAUAAAUUAAUAAACAGAAGAAACGGUGUGAUUACAUUAAAAUGUUUAAGAGUGUUAAUGAGAAAAAACUAUAUUGAGACCUAGAUGGGAUGAAAGAUAUUGUUAUUUGUAUUUAAGCAGCUGUGAAAGGGUGUUAAGUGAACAAGUGAUCCAAAUCUUGGGUGGUCUUUACAAAUAAGGGCUAUUGUGUUAUGUUAUUUUGUGAAGCAAGAGAAGAUAAAUUUUUGUAACUUAAGAAAUACUGAUGAAGCUUAUUAAGAAAAAAAAACAUCAAUAAGUUAUUAUAAUUUCCAAACUUAUGAUGAAAUGACUUGUAAAAUAAAAUAUUAAUUCAGCUAGUCUUGCAAAAGGGAGCUUUAAAGGUUUUUUCAUCUUUGUUGGUGAGAGAAAUAAUUAUUGGUGUAUUUGUUUUUGAUUGGAAGCAACUCUGGGAUUAGUAGAUUAAUGCUAAAAACAAUUGUGCAAUAGAAUAUUUCAGGAAAGGAAGAUUGCUAUUGGAUUAUACAUCUAGCUAGGUGUUGGCAAAAAUAAUUUGAAAGAAGUCAAAAAAGGGACAUUAUCAACCACUGGAGGCAGCAAAGGGUACGAAUUCUGGAACAGUGUAUAGCGAUGAAAAUUGAGAUAAAGUUAAAAUAAUUCUUUAUCUUUAAUUCCUAUAGCUGUAGUAAAAUAGGAUCGCAUAUCAGGAACUUAUCUAACUGUAUAUAGUUUGUACUCGGAUAUAAGCUUAUCAUUUGAGCCAAUGCUCAAUAAAUGUUCACAAAGGGAGCUUAUUUGCCAAGUUUUGUUGAUAAUUGGACACAACUAGAUAACUUUUGUACCAGACGUUCUGAUUGGACAAUUUGGAGUAAAUUGUCAUCCCUAAUUAGCCUGUACUAAUUGCACACUUUCCACCUAGACAGGAUUAUGCAUUAGAAAAGACAUGAAACCAAAAAUUCCAUGACAUCGGAAAGUGUUGUCCCUUUGCAAACUUCACAAGCUAAUCUUGGACUACACUUUAGGAACAGGAGGUUUACUUAGCUCUUCUGGUUCACUGAUGUUUAAGGUCUGGUCAAAUUAACUAACUGAAAAAUUAAUACUUAUUUCCUUUCAGGGUUAACAUAAAAUAUGUACCAAAUACGAUAUGGGGAUUCUCACUAACAACUGAAAAUAACUGAGAUAUUGGAGUUAUGAAUGUCAUAAGGGUUUGUUCAAGCUAUACAGCAGGUUCUGUAAUACAUCCCAUAUUUUAAAUACACAUGGAAUUGAAGAUUUACACAAAAAUCCUGGCUUUUUCUUUCAAGACAGCAGCUAUUUGUUGAGAAAAUUGAUGAUAAAAAUAACAAAAAGCAUGAUUACUCAUCCUGAAGGGAGAUAAUUUUUAAAGUUAUUAAAAAAGGGACCUUUUUUAUUCUCCCACAGAGUGAGAAACAUUGAGCAUUGCACUUAUCCAUCCGUACGUAUUACUGUAAGUCAUUCACUGUUGAAUGACCUUUAUGUGUAGAUGAUAGCAUUUUUUUUCCCUUCAAUAUAUUUUAUUUUCCUCGUCAAUAGGUGUGUGUGGGUUAAGUAACUCGCAGUCUGUUCAGAUUUUAUGCUGUUUGCUGCUCAUCAGUAACUAAGGGUUGGAAAUGAAGCCUUUUAAAUUUGAAUCUAGUAAAAAAGGUAUUGAAUUAAAUGUAACUUUCUAAGGGACUACAAAUGUGUUAAAAUACGUAUCUAAGUGGUAAAGAGUUUGUGUAUAUGGUGGCAUAGAAAGGAUUAUUGGGUACUUCAAGUUUUGGCAGAAUUAUUGCCUCUUUUCUGUUUUUGCUGUACAGAAUAUUUAGUUUCAAACUUGUUAGUGAUACACUCCUUUUACUGCUUGGCGGAUUUUGGUCAUUCUUUCAUAUCUAAAUGUGAAGAUGACAAUUAGGGAAGAAAUGUAGUCGGCUUGCAGUUUUGGCCCUUUGUUUUUUCUGCCUGAUGUAGAAUAUAUAGUGACUUUGUCUGUGUCCAAACAUGCAUUGUGGGGGCAUCUGUGUCUGUGAAAAAUUUGGAGUUGUUUUAGCAAAGAAAGAUAACUCUUAAAAUUGUGAAUAAUCGAUCAUGCUUUUUUAACGAAGGGCGAUAACUCUAAGUAUUGUGAUGUAUCAUUUUCAGAAAGUGAAAAGCUUUUGUGCUCAAGUGUUGAUAACUGAUUCUGUAUUCAAUAUAAGCCGUAUGAGUUGUGCUUGUUCAUCUGUAUUAUAAUGGGCACAUGCAGUAGCUUUGCUUAUUGUUGUGGACAUACAUUCUGAAAUGUUUUGAAGUAAAAUCUUCAGAUGUCGGCAACGAAAACUUUGUUUAUUCAAUAUGUUCUAUAACAUAUUAUUUUUAGCUCGGCAUUUUCGGCGAAAACCCGAGGUAUUGUCAUAGCCAGCUGUCCGACGUCCGCGUCGUGCUAAAACCUUAACAUUUUGUUAAGGUUUUGAACAUUGGCUCUAAAAUCUAAUUGCUUCCACCUACAACAUUGAAACUUCAUAUGGAGAUACACCUUGAUGAGUUCUACAUGCCACACCCAUUUUUGGGUCACAAGGUCUAAGGUCAAGGUCACUGUGACCUCUAAAAAAAAAUUGACAAGCUUUUAUCUAUUCAAAACAGAUCCGGCACACAGCCGAGCGUGGCACCCGUUAUGCUGUGCUCUUGUUUACAUUUGAACUGAUGAUUAACACAUAUAUGAUAAUGCAAUUUAUGGUUAUUUAAAAGCAAUAACAUUUUAAAACGUUUAAGUGGAAAAAAAUACUUUAAAAUAAACAUUUACACAAGGGAUCUAUUUGUAUUUUUUUUUUCGAAUUAUAACUAUUAUUGCGGAAGUUAUUGGUUACAUAAAUGUUGACAACUAGAAUUUGUUUUUGUUUUUUACAGAAUACCACAGUAGAAUAGUAGAAUUUCAGUUUAACUGUUGUGUAUAAUCACUAAUGGUUUUGUGCCAUUUUUUACACAAUUGUAAGAUUGUAAUUUUUAUGCUCAAACAAAUGUUGAAGUUUGUUAUUAUUUGAUUGUACUAGUUAAUAAUAUUGGUGCCAAUAUGAAAGCCUUAGCAUUAGCACGUAUGAAAUACUUUUAAUGUCAGAAUUGGAUUGCAUUUAUAUUAAAGAUGUUCUUUCUUACAUUUUCCAUUUAUUGGAUGAAUAAAAAAAACUAGUAUUCAAAAACUGGACCAGGUGUUAAAACAAUGAAAUUUAAGAAACAGCAUUUUAAAACCAGUGUUUUUAUUUACUGAUAUUUGAAAUCCCGUACAGGUCUAUUAUGAGCUGGUAUUUCAGAAACCUUUAUUUGACUGACACAGUAUUGAUAUUUUCAAGUUCAGUUGUAAUAUAUGAUAUAAUUUUUCAAUCUCGCCAUGUGUAUAAUAUUGAAUUGUUUUGUGAUAUUAAACAAAUAUUUAUAUUUUUAAUGUAAGUGUAUAAAAUGUUUUUUGUGAAUGAUUUGUGUGGGUGUCAAAUUUCAUCUCUCAUUGAAGAUUAUGUGUUUGCAAUUAAUUUUGCAAAUAUUUUAAACAUAAAUUGAUAACUGUGAAUUGUUUAUCAUUUUCUGUUCUCCUUUAUAAUUAUUAUUUUACUUUUUUUAUUCUACAGUUUUCAAUGUAUAUAUUUUUUGUAAUAUUGAUUAAUUUUUGUGCUAUAAUUUAUUUAGGAAUUUAUUAUUGAUUUUUUUCUUCAUUCAUUUGUAAAUAAAGCAUAAGCUUUUGAAACUUCAAUAAACUUCCUGGUCUCUUUGUUUUGGAAGUUUUGCUCAUACUAUUUUAAAGAUCUUAGUUUUUGACAGUGUGACCUUCCAUGGCUUCUCAACCUUUAGGAUUCUAAUUGAAAUAGUUUGCCAUGGCCUAAUGGAUAUGGUGUCUGCCUGGCGAUCGGGAGGUCACGGGUUCGAUCCCCACCGAGGGAGCGUUCUGUGAUCUAGAUCUUCCCCAAAGACACCAAGUACGGGUUAUAGGCCCAGGAAACGGACUUGAGAGCGUUUAUAUAAGCCUGAGGCUUUAGAUGCAAUCGAGCUAAAAUAAAUAGGUUUUAACUAAUUGAAAACAAUAUAACGUUUUGUUAAUUCUUUUCCAUUGGUUGUUUAUAUACUGAUUAUUAAGAUGUAUUAUUAGUGACACAGCCUCUUUUUAACCCUGUAUGGUGUAAUACAGAGUCAGUGAAAUUA